UGUUUCGCUGAGUAAACUUCUCUCCCUAGAUGACAUAGUACCUAAUCUUAUCUGUUCCACAGAUAGUGCUUCCAAAGAUGGAUCAUGCUUUUUGUGCGACUGUACGGUUGUUCUCUUUCGGUUGUGUUUAGAAUUUAAAAAGACUCUGUUUUUGUGAUUAUUUAAAUGAGCUUUUUCUACUUUCCUGAAAUGGGAGAUUCCGAUUUGAAAAGAAAGUUUUUCUCAGAUGGCUUCCUAGUUAUAGAGGAUUUUUUCAAUGAUGAAGAGGUGACUGAACUCAAGAAAGCAGGGCUUGAAUUGACACAAAAUGCAUUAUCGGAAUCGAAGAAGACUGUUUUCAACACAAUAAAUUUGGAACAGAACAAGGAAACCUACUUCCUUGAGAGCAGCGACAAAAUAAGUUACUUCUUUGAGGAGGGAGCUCUCGGAGAAAAUGGUGAACUCCUCGUUGAUGUUUCAAAAUCACUGAAUAAAGUGGCUCAUGCUCUUCAUUGGCUUCAUCCAAUCUUCAGGCAGGCCACUUUCCAUCCGAAGGUCAAACAGCUGAGCUCUGAAAUAGGACUCGUCGAGCCUCGAGUGGUCCAGAGUAUGUACAUCUACAAAAAUCCUGGACUUGGCAGCGAAGUGAUAUCUCAUCAGGACGCCACCUAUCUGUACACAGAACCGCAACAGCUUUAUGGCUUUUGGUUUCCAUUGGAGGAUGCAACGAUUGAAAAUGGGUGUUUAUGGUUCAUACCUGGAUCUCACAAAAGUGGAGUCCACAGGCGGUACAUACGAAAUCCUGACAAGUCCUCUAAUGAACUCCUGAUUAAUGACAAACCAACACCACACUAUCCUGCAUCCGCUUUCAGAGCUGUGCCAGUCAAGAAAGGAGCAUGCGUCUUGAUUCACGGCCAAGUUGUCCACCGAAGCGAACACAACCGAUCGGAUAAAUCUCGACACGCAUAUACAUUCCACAUUCACGAUGCACAUCAGAGUCAGUGGUCGCCAGAAAACUGGCUACAGAUAGAUAAUGAGUUUCCUCUCCUAUAUGCCAAUUAAAUAGACUUAAAGGAUGUACCACCCGCAAUUUGGAGGAUAUGUACGGAAAGAAAUGUCUUCCGCCUUCUUUUAAGUAUACAGUAUUCUUUAAAGUAAAGUACCAUGAGUCCAUGAGCCUAAUUGUAAGGUCCUCACAAACAAAGAAAUUUAUGAUGAUGAAAAAGCACUGAUCUUUACAGCUCAAUGGGAAAAGAAUCAAACCCUGUCAACAAACUUUUGAGUCACUUCCUUUUUCUUCUCAAGUAUAUUUCAGACUCAUGAAAAUUCAAAUGCUAUUUGAGGACAGAGAAUCUACUGAAAGUUAGUAAAAAUUUAGGCUAAGAAAAUGCUAUCUUUGGCCACCUGCCAGGAAAUUUUUAUUGAUUUUACGUGAAUUCACUGAGGCCGAUAAGUUGGAUAGCAAGUUCAUAUGAUUAAAACCCCUCGAGGAGGAGGUUGUAGGAACAGGACUGUUAGAAAAUAAGAAAAGUGAUCGUAACUGUACAUACAAAAUGUAUUAUAAAACAAAAUAAAAAAAAACUCACUUCUACAGAUUAAAA